UCAAGUUUCUGAAGUCCGUGAUGGCUUCCAAUUGUUCAGGGCUUGAAGGAAAAUACCUCUACGACACUCCGUAUUCCUUGACAAGGGACAUCAUUUUAUCAUUAGACGCCGAUAAAGGAUGGGAACAACUGGCUGCAGAGAUUGGAUACAGUUUUGACAAAAUCAAAAUCUUUGAACUAGAAUACCAACGUCACAACGGCAGCCCCACCAAAACGUUACUGUGGGAUUUGGGUAGUCGAAACACAACGCUGAGAGAACUCUACCUCAAACUGCAGAAAGCCAAUCGUGUGAGGGAAAUGAAAAUCAUUGAAAAAUAUUUGGAAGGUGCCAAACCAUCCAACAUUUCCAAUUCAGAAAAUGAAAAAGAUUUGUUGCCUUCAAAUUCAUGCACACCAAGUCUGCCACUAGACUUAAAACUAACAGGUCUCCCACAACCGCCACCACCGCGGAGGGCAAACGAAGUAAAUUUCAAUAAUCCAAUGACACAACCCACCAAAAUGGCUUGUGAGACUUCGGACAAAGAAAAGCUUUUGCAUGACAAAAUUAUCCCAGGAUUUAAACAAGAUCAGCCGAGCUUAUCGGGGAGGGUAACAUCAAGUGAGAAAAAGAGAUGGCCACAAGAAGGUACCGAACGACUUCCGAGCGAAUCGUCGCUUCCAGUGAAAAGUCAUUCGCUGUCUGACAACGCGUCAACUCCAAGCAACAGCAACGGAAGUUCUUCUGUCCUCACGUCUGCCACCUCCAAGUCCACAAGUUCAUCAGAAGUGUCAUCGUCUGCUAAUCCAUCAUCUCAGGGUGCCAUGCAGAGUAUAACCUCCAUGCCAAAUAUUGACAAUCUGAAAGGGGUCAACAGCAUGAAUUCGGUGUUGACGGCUAACAACAUGAAUCUUGAUGUCGCCAUGACAGUCCUGAGCACUCCCGUGUUCACCUAUAAGGAUCUGGCCCAUGCCACUAAUGGCUUUGAUGAUUGUUGGAAGCUGGGUGAAGGUGCCUUUGGAAAAGUCUACUAUGGAGUUCUCAGAGACUCCAAGUGUGCCAUAAAAAGAUUAGAAGAGGAUAUUACAGAAGAUGUUCACUCCAAAAGACACCAACAAAUGAGAUCAGAAUUAAGUGCAUUACUGAGAUACCGUCACGAGAACAUCGUCACGCUGUACGGAUAUGCUCUCGACGGACCGUCACUGUGUCUUGUCUACCAGUACAUGGUCAAUGGAUCACUCGAGGACAGACUGCAAUGCCAUAAAGGAACGGCACCUUUAUCGUGGGAGAAACGGAUAAGCAUAGCCCUGGGGGCAGCACAUGGUCUCCAGUACUUCCAUAAGAUUGGGGAGAAACCACUCAUCCAUGGCGAUAUUAAGAGUGCCAACAUCCUCCUUGACCGACAUUUUGAAGCAAAGAUUGGUGACCUGGGUCAGGCACAGCAGGCUACUAGUGGCGCCAUCACAGGGAAGUUCACACACAUCACAAAGAAAUGCAUGAGCACCAAGAUCUACGGCACGAAGGCGUAUUUCGCCCCCGAGGUGAUGCGAGGCAGUGAGAUGUCCGUCAAAUCAGACGUGUACGCUUUUGGAGUUGUCUUGCUUGAAAUCUGCAGUGGUGAAAAAGCAUUUGACGAAAGACGAGAGCCAAAUACAUUUAUUGUGAACCAUUUUGGUGAAGUGACCGAAAUAUGCCCCGAGGAGACUUGGUUGAACGUGUUCCAGGAUAAGAAGGCGGGGCAGUGUGAAGAAUCUCUCGUCAUCAGGAUGUUGAAGUGUGCCAUGCAGUGCGUAUCUCACACCAAGAAACAACGGCCAGACAUGACCAUGGUCGUACAUGAUCUGGAACAAAUUGAAAAGAAGAGGAACGAGCUCUAUGGAGGAGGUUUGCAAGGGCCCGAUUCGUACAGCCAGAUGUCUCACACGAGUGCUGCAGUCAUCAGCGGUACAAACAUGGCAGGCAACCCAGAUCCUCCUUCCCAUAUCCAGAAGGUGCAUCCGACCGUAAUCAUCCCCAACACCCCCAUCCUUACGGAGACAGCCGACCGUUCCACUGACGAGGAUGGUCCGGAGUCUUUGAGGCUGCAGAAGAUGUAUGAUAAAAAGAGUAAAGACGUUUCAUUGCCGGUCGCUUCCCCUCGUACCGCUUCUCCCAUUUGCUCUCUUCCACCAGGCUCGCGUAUUCCCGACCCACUCAAGCUGCAGCUGAAGUUUGACAUGAAGCAGGAAGGCCAGGACUCACGGGAGAUUGCACGGAAGAUCGACCAGCUGGAACUGGAGAGCGUGAACAGUCUUGCCCCCGGAAGCAGCACCGAGGACUACGCUUCGGAUCCCAAGAAGAUCGCCCAGAUUGAGGAAGCAGAUGCGGAGCUGAGGAAGGAAAACCCAGGGAUACAGGUGUUGUUGAACUCCGAAAACAGAUUUCAUAUUCCAAAAACAGAUCCGGCCAAGCUAGCAGCGAUGAAGAUGUUUGAUGCCAACAAGAGUCUCACCAAGUCACCAACAGAGCUGAAUGAGCACCAGUCAGACUCCUCCAAGAUGAAGAAUAUUGAAGAAUUUGACAAGAAAAACAUUCCAUGUUCUACAGAAGGGGAUGGCGAUGAAGUGUCUAUCAAGACGGAGAAUAUCAGUAAUGUUCAACCUUUGCAAGAUGAUGACUUUCCCAGUUACAAAUUGUUCGGUGGUCCACAAACCGUUAUCCAGGCUAGCUCGCUGCCAGUGACAUUGUCAGAGCAGGUGGUCUAUCGAGAAAACAGAAACACUAAUGCUAGCAAUCCUGCUUACAGGGAGAGCGAGGGUUUCUUGGUUUCGAAGUCGCUUGGCGAGUUUGACGAUUCGUUGACUGGUAAUGAUAACACUCUAGUGGGACAAUCUGGUCAGGAUUUAGACAUGCAGGCAUUCUUUGAAAGGUACAAACAAGCAACAGCAGGAAGUGAUAUUGAUGAAGAGGAUAAGGAUAAUGCAGAUAAUGAGAUGGGUGAGGAGGAGAAGGGGGAGGAAAAAGCUGAUAGUUGUGUGUGUGAACAGACUUGUGAGCUUUCCCAGUCUUCAACCUCUUUGCAAGCCCCAGAGGAUUAGCUAGAAGUGUCAAAGAGACUUAUUAGAGUGUGUGUGUACAUACCGGGUAAUGUGAACUACAUCAUUUUGUAAAACUAACUUACUUACUUAUUUCUUGAGCAGGAGAAAAAGGAAUAAUACAGGGCCACAUUCAGAUUAGGUUUUGUCGCAGUCAGUUCCUUUUUGGUUUGAUUGAAAACAUUUUUUAUUGCAUAUAAUAUACAUUAUAUACAGUACAAAAGGAUUGGGCACACGUUAUCCAACUUAGAGGCCCUCUCUUUUUGGUUCCUGCAUCAAACUCGUCGGGUGCUAUUUUAGAUCUGUGAGAGAAGCAUAUUUUAGGUCAGUUAGUUUUAUACAUUUGUAUGGCUAUUUAUUUAUUAUUAAAAACCUAGAAGUUAUGGUUUUUCAUCUGUACUGAUGAAAAGAAAUAAGGGAACACCUAAAUAAGUAAGGAAGAAAAUAUUUUAUUUAAUACAACACAUUUUAUUUAUGGUUAUAUGUCGUCGGGACAUAUGGGUAAGGACCACACAGAUA